AUGUACAUAAAGCUUGAAACAACGAGACUUGAUUUCUAUAAAACACAACAAUCACAAAUUCGUUCGGAGUUGUAUCAAGGGAUCGUUGAUGUUGUAAAUGCAGGAGAAACGAGGGGAGACAAGGUUGGAAAACGUGUCGUUCUACCUUCAACUUUUAUUGGUGGUCCUAAAAACAUGCGACAUCGAUAUUUAGAUGCCAUGGCCUUAGUACAACAUUAUGGGAAGCCAGAUCUUUUCAUAACAAUGACUUGCAAUUCUGAAUGGAAGGAAAUAAGAGAAGAACUUAUGGAAGGACAACAAUCUCACGAUAGACCAGAUCUAACUUCAAGAGUAUCUAGAGGAAAGUUAAUGGACUUAAAAGACCAAAUUGUCCACAAGGAAAUAUUUGGAAAUGUGGACAAUUUGGAAAAGUUGCAGCAUUCGUAUAUGUGA